AUGGCAGACACUAUGCUGAGCUUUGCUUUGGAGAAACUUUCAACCCUCAUAACUGCAGAGGCAGAAUUGCUAGGUAGCCUAUCAGAUGAUGUUAGAAAGUUGCAAUAUGAAUUAGAUAGCAUCAAAGAAGUUCUCAAGGAUGCUGAAAAGAAAGCUGAAGUAGAUAAUGGCAUCCGUGUGUGGCUGACGCAACUAAGAGAAAGCGCUUACCACAUUGAGGAUGUUAUUGAUCAAUACUUCCUGCUCAAGCAGCAACAGCAGCAACAACAACAACAUUUGUUGCAAUCUGACUAUAAUAAAAGUCUGAAAAAUCAGUUCUUACUGAUGAUAAACAAAAUCAGUAAGCGGGUGAAGAGCGCAUUUGCUUGUAUCACACAGCUGAAACCCAAACAUGAGUUAAGCUCUGAGAUGAAAAAGAUUCUAGCUGAUAUUAAUUGGCAAGACCCUCGAGUUUCCUCCCUCUUCAAGGAUGAGUCUGAGCUUUUCGAUUUUACUCGUAAGAAGACGCAAAUCUUUAGCUGGUUGAAUUUGGAGCAGCAAAAUGAUCAAGAUCGUACGAAGAUACAAGGCCCUCGUGCUGUCAUAGCCGUGGUUGGUAUGGGAGGAUUAGGCAAAACAACGCUUGUUCGGAAAGUGUAUGAAGAUAAGAAGGUCAAAGAAGGCUUCUCUGUGUAUGCCUGGGUGACAGUCUCUCAAUCAUACAGAUGGAGGGAUUUGCUAAAUAGCAUCUUUAAGCAAGUUCACGCGGAGCCUUCUUUACAAUUAGAUACAUCUGAUGAGCACACCAUUAUCAGUAAAUUAAGGAUCCACCUUGAGGAAAAGAGGUACAUAGUCGUGUUCGACGAUGUAUGGGAUUCAAAGCUGUGGGAAUAUGUUGAAAAUGCUUUACCCAAUAACAAAAGAUGCAGUGCAAUAAUGAUAACCACGCGAGAAGUAGACGUGGGUGGUGCUUGGAAUGAUCCAUCAAGUGGUCAUCAUCUCUAUAAGUUGGAACCUCUAAGUGCAAAAGCAUCAUGGGAUCUUUUUUGUCAUAAGACAUUUGGUAAUACAAAUUGUCCUCCUGAAUUGGAAAAUUUGUCAUGGGAAAUGGUGGGGAAAUGUGAAGGAUUACCACUUGCGCUUGUAGCGAUUGCAGGGCUUUUGUCCACCAAAGAGAAGAUUAUUUCGAGUGGAUUAAGCUGUACAAUAGUUUUGGUUUUGAGAUGGAAGUAA